AACUCCUCCCACCCACCCCUCCAAGCUCACAACCCCAUCAUCUUCCUGUGAACGGCCAUCAUGUCGUUCUUCAAGAAGCUCACCGACGAGUUCAAGGAGCUCAAAGCCAACUUCGAAGACAAGCCGAAGGAGGAGAAGAACAAGGAGGAAAAGAAGACCGACUCCAAGCCUGCCGAUGGCACACAGGAAGGCGCCACUCGUGAAGGUGGUUACGGUGGACCUGGCUAUGCCGACCAGUCGCAGCAUCCCGGCUACCAGCAGCCAUCGUAUGGUCAGCCACCACAGCAGUACGGAUCAUAUCCUGCUCCUCCACCGCAGCACUCAGCUCCGCCAGGCCAGCCGCCUCUUCCUCCGGGAUGGAUGGCACAGUUCGACCAGAACAGCCAGAAGUGGUACUACGUAGAGCAAGCCACUGGUCGCACUCAGUGGGAGCCACCUGCUCACCAGUACCAGCAAGGCGGCUACGGUGCUCCCCCGCCUCCGCAAGGCAGCUAUCAGUCUGGUCCACCUCCCGGCGGCUACUCUGGCGAGCGCGGUCAUGGCGAGGCUGGUGGCUUCUACAACCAGUACGGCGGUGCCAUGCCUGCCCAAGGCCAAAGCGAUUACCAGCACCAGCAGAAUGCCCAGCAAUACUACGGCGAUGCUGAGAAUGCCGAGAAGAAGGGAGAGAAGAAAGACAAGGACAAGGACAAGGACAAGAAGAAGGACAAGGACAAUGGCACUCGUAACAUGCUUCUUGCCGGCGCCGGUGGUCUUGCCGUCGGAGGUAUCGCAGGUGCCAUGAUUGCUCAUGACAGCGAUAGCGACGACGAGUACCGCUCCACUGCUCCAGCCCCAUCAUACGCCGCUGCCCCAGCGACCGCUGCCAUGGCUCCGGCUGCUGCAGCUCCUUACGCAAGCGACCCAUACGCAAGCGAUCCAUACGCUGCGUCUUCGGCUGGUUACGGCGCACCUUACGGCGAUCCAGCCAUGGCUCCGCCACCUGCUCACGACAGCGAUGCCGAUUCCCUUCGCGAAGCCCAGCAAAAUUACAACGAGGCCGUCAAGGCUGCUGCUGAUUCGGAUGCCAGCAGUUCGGAACUCGAGGAGCUGCAGGAGGCUCGCGAAGAAUUGGAAGAGGCGCGCGAGGACUAUUACGAGGACUAACCCGAGCUCGUUUGAUGGAAGCACGCUCAAUGACGAGAAUCCCUUCCAUCCAACGGCUUGUCGGAGUAGAACUGUAGCUCGACCUUGCUCAGUGUCUCCACUUCUCCACGGCAUCAUUCUUGCAUGAUGACGAUUAAGCGAUAGCGAGAACUCAGCACAUUGCUGAGAUCCACAAUACCAAGUCCAAAUCAAUGAUGACAGCAAGUGAGCGUUUGCUGCAUGAUGAACUG